AUGGAUCCACCAAGCGGAUUCAAGCAUUCGACCAAAACUGUGCUCAUCAUCGGACUAGCGUUGGUGCAGAUCGCUCACUCCUGGGUUAACGACUGGGACCAACCCGCCGAUUUUGAAUGUCUCAGCAAAGAGGCCAUCAGCAGAAUUGAGAGCAUUCACUCAAAUGCAAAAGAGGAUAGGAGAUGGAAAUUUGAGUGUCAAGACGUCAAAGUUGUAAAUAACGACUGCUACACUACAGAAUACAUUAACGCUUAUCAUGAAUUGAUAGCGUUUGAAUGUGACUACCAGAAAGCAAUCGUUGGAAUUGACAGCAUCCACCACAACGGGAACAAAGAUCGACAGUUUAAGAUAAAAUGCUGCAAAGUGCCUAGUUUCAGUUACCAGUCCUGCUAUAUAACAGGCUAUAUCAAUGCAUUCGACGGUGUCAUGGACAAGGCUAUUGGAUCGAAAGAGGUGUUCGCUGGACUCUACAGCUUCUACAAUGGUGGCAAGGGAGACAGACGUUGGAAGGUGAAAAUCUGCACAAUCAAAGGCUAAAGUGGCUAAUGGAGUUCCCAAAUCAGUCGCCGAUCAUUAUAUAAGACGACCAACAUUAGGACGGUCGGACACGUAGACGGAUAUAACCAGAUACGAAUAUUCCUAGCAGGGUAAUAAACCCUAUUCACAGUAUCACAGUUUAUUAUUGCAAAACUCAAACAAUUCAUAAAUGUCUGAAACUAGGAUGUGUGGGGGCAGAGGCACCCUGAAGGUAACACCCCCACCACCACCACCACCCCUUGCUGAAACGUGAAUUAAUAUAUUACUGCUUCCCACUCUCAUAUAUUGGACGCCUAGAUGAAAACACGAGCUUUUAAUAAACUGGCGGGUCUUGUCGGGUAUUGCUGUCAGUUUUCUCGGUUAGAAUGCUGUCAUGUCUGUUGACGAAGUUACCUUACACGCUCACACAUUUACACACACACGCACACACACACACACACACACACACACACAACCUACAGACAUAUGCGUGCGGACAAUGUCCGUCUAGCUCUCGAAUGGGAGAUGACUCGGGCUAGAAUUCUGAGUACUUGUAACCACCUGUGAAACACAAUUAUUUCCAUCAAAUUUAUCCAAUUCACGAGAUCGACCCAAAGUGAAACAAAAAUAAAGGUUUUUUUAACAUGAAACACUUUCGACUUUAUCUGUGCCCGUGUUUCUUAAUUUCAGGGCGUAUUUUGGGGACAGGGGGUUCGUCCGACCCGCUGAAAUAGUUUUUACAGCACGAUAUUAGACUAUUUAUAUAAAUGUCCAAGCUAAAUGUAGACAAAAGGGUCCGCUAAAUUCAUAUUCGACGACUCCUCCCCCCCCACACACACACACAGGUCAAGACCACGAUAGGCCCUGGAUUUGUCGCCAGUUCAUUACACUAGAUCUAUAUGUUUAUAAGAGGGAAGAACUGUUCACGUGGAUCCGGCAAUUGAAUUGUCGACAAUUGUAAUUUCUGUUUUAUUAGUAUUAUAUUUUUAUGCAGUUUCUAUGUUUGCAUUGUAUCUAAAACAUUUAAAGCAUUUUCAAUAAAAUAUUAUUUGU